AUGGAGGAGGAGCUGGCGUGGGUUACCCAGGGCCUGCUUCCUCUGGAGAGGCAGCUCCAUGAGGCUGCCCGCCGGAACCACAUUGGGAGGAUGAAGGAGCUGAUCGGGAGGAGAGUACACAUCAGGGCCAGAAAUCACGUGGGCAGGGUGGUCCUGCACCGGGCUGCAGGCGCAGGGCACGAGCAGGCUGUGCGGCUGCUCUUGGAACACGAGGCUGCUGUGGGUGAUGCGGAUGCGGUACGGGUCCCCUCACGCAGGCAUGUCUGUUUUGGGAUGAAUGUGCUUCUCCUGUCUGCCUGGUUCAGCCACUUACGGAUCCUCCAGAUCCUGGUCAACUCCGGGGCCAAGAUCCACUGUAAGAACAAGGAUAGCCUGACCUUACUGCACUGCGCAGCCCAAAAAGGCCACGUGCCAGUGCUGGCGUUCAUAACAGAGGACCUGGAGGACGUGGCCCUGGACCACGCUGACAAGCUGGGAAGGACAGCGUUUCAUUGGGCUGCGGAGCACGGACAGCUGGGUUCUCUGGACUUCCUUGUGGGCUCUGGCUGUGACCACAGUGUCAAAGACAAGGAGGGGAACACAACCCUUCACCUGGCCGCCCGCUGGGGCCACCUGGCUGUGCUGCAACGAUUCAUGGACGUCAGGCCGGACCUGGAAGAGCGGAAUGCGGAAUGUCUGACUGCCCUGCACGCAGCUGCUGAAGGGAUCCACCCCGACUGUGUGCAGCUCCUCCUCAGGGCCGGGAGUAGUGCGAACGCCCUCACCCAGAAAAAGCAGAGCUGCUUCCACUACGCAGCCCUCGGUGGCCCUGAGGACAUGGCCUGGGCCCUCGUCCAUGCAGGAGGCAGCACUGACGUGGCUGAUCAUCAGGGCGCCUCUCCUGUGCACAUCACCGUGAGGCACAACUUCCCCGUCCUGGUGCAGCUCCUCAUCGACACCGGCAGUGACCUGGAUGCAGCAGACACCGCUCACCUUGCCGCCGAGCAUGCCUGGCAGGACAUAGCGGAUAUUCUCCUCAUUGCUGGGGUUAACUUAAACCUGAGAUAAGGUACCUCUCAAGGAAAAACCACCUUGCCAGUGGCCGCCCACUUCAACCGUGUCAGCCUGGUGGACAUGAUCAUAAAAGCCGAUCGCUUCUACAGGUGGGAGAAGGGUACUCUCUCAUGCAGGGACCUCUGUGACCCCUCUGGGAAGAGCUUGACCUUUAAGUAGCACCAUUGGCAGGAAACGCAGCAGCUCCGCUCUGUGCUGUGGUGACUGGCCUCCAGGUACCUGCAGCCCCACGAGUGGAAGAAGCUGGCGUAUUGCUGGGAGUUCACCGAGGCCCACAUCCACACCAUCGAGCAACAGUGGACAGGCCUUUACACAGACUGGGCCCUCUGCCCCUUCGUCCACAUUGACCUGUGAACUUCACAUUCUUCACGAAUCAGCUUGAGCUGAAACCCAUCGUUCACACAUGAAACUAAAGGUGCUCCCUGUAAAAAGGAGAGGAGCUGCU